AUGGCCAACCGCAAGGAGGAGGCAUUCGUGAUGGCGCAGGCGCAUGGCGAAAUGGACACCUACGCGGACGAGCUCAAGGAGUGCAGCGUUGAGGAGCGGACGCAGAUCGCCGUCUACUACGAGAGCAAGUCCAUGUGGGACAAGGCUGCCAAGCAAUACGACGAAGCCAAAAACCCACUCAAGGCCCUCAAACUCUACAUCAAGGCUGGAGAAAUCUUCAUCGACAAGAUGCUCGACCUCAUCGAGCGAAACUCCACGCAGGAGCAUCUCAUCCAGGAGCUUUUGGAUUACCUGAUGGGCGAGACUGACGGGCAGCCGAAGGAUCCCAUCUUCACCUACAACCUCUACCGAAUCCUCAAGAACUUCAGGAAUGCUGCUAAGAUUGCAGUCACUAUUGCCUCCACCGAGCAGGAGAAUGGAGACAUCGUCAGCAAACUUGACCAGCCAGUCGAUACCGCCCUCCUCUGGAACAAAAUCUCUAAGAACAUCCUUCAGUUCCCCAAGCACGCAAGCAACAUCUUGACCAAGUGUGUCUAUGCUGCUAUGAGAGCUGAGCUGAAGGGCCUUGCCUAUUCCUGGGCAAUCGUUGCCUUCCGUCCCGAGUACAAAAACCAAGUAGAUAGUGUCCUAUAUAGGCAUGUGGUGGCUGACGAUCUCGCCCAGUGCAAGCACUGCAAGUUCUACUGCAACUACAGCUCAAUGAAGAAGGCUCUUUCGCAUCCCGAUAUCGACAAGUUUUGCCCAUGUGCGAGCGAUAAUGGCCUUCAUGUCUGUGUUUUCCUUCUUCUGCAGCCCUCGGGUGAUGAUCUCAAUGGCCUACUUGAUUCUCCUGUUCUUCUCGGUGAUGUUAUAGGUGAGUUCUCCUUCCAGGUAGACACCAUCGACUCUUUCCUAUUUCUGUUUGGUCUACUCGUGGUAGUUGUCUUCUUCAGGAAUGGGUUUUACUCUGAUUCUUUUGUGAUCCUGUCAUAG